AUGGCCUCGCUCCGUCAGAGAGCUCCUCUCGCUUCCGGAUCAACUGCCACCGUCACACAUUUGCGAGACGUUGCAGCCGAGGUUCAUAAACUCACUCUGGAAUGGCUCGAAAUUCCUGAAUGGCAACGCGACAACGAGUACAUUCUCACUGGAUAUCGCAGGGUACAGCACCACUGGCGUGGUUGCGUGCACUCGGUCUACGCGUAUCUGCAUAAUGAAACCGUGAAUAUCCACAGUCACCUCUGGGGAGCUGUCCUAUUUGGAUAUCUCUUGCUGACGUUUUAUCCAAAUUAUGUGGCCCACCAACACGGUGCCUCAUGGAUUGAUGUAACAGUGUUCGCAAUAUUCCUGGUCUCGGCCGUCUUCUGCCUUCUAGCCAGCGCCACCCUCCAUGCCUUUACAUGCCAUUCACCGAAGAUAGCAUUGCGAUGUCAUGUAUUGGAUUAUUCCGGGAUUGUCGUCUUGAUAGUUGGCUCCUUUUAUCCGUGUAUCUACUACGGUUUCUUCUGCCACCGCUUUUCCCAGGUCGUAUAUUUAUCUGGUAUCACGAUCAUCGGCAUCGGUGCUGCAUACAUCGUCUUGAACCCAAAAUAUGCUCAACCCAGCCAUAGGGGUGCCAGAACCGCGGUCUUCGUGGCUUUGGGUCUGUCCGCUGUCAUUCCGGUGUCUCACGGCCUUCUUUCCCAUGGAGUCAACAAGAUGAUGUCGGAAAUGGGUUUUGGAUGGCUUGUGCUCUCUGGGGCGCUGUAUCUUGCUGGGGCGUUACUCUACGCCAAUAGGAUACCAGAACGUUUGAGCCCGGGAAAGUUUGAUUACUUCUUCGCAUCUCACCAAAUAUUCCAUUGCUUCGUGGUCCUGGCUGCUUUGGCGCAUUAUCUAUGCGUUCUAACGGCAUUUGACCACUGGCAUUCUCAGCAACUAGUCUGUUCGACGUAG